AUGGCCGGGAAUCCCGCCGUCUUAUCAACCAUCCCUCUCGACUACCACAUCUCUAUCAUCAAUCAACUUUUUGGGCCCGGCUCCGCCGCUCCACCGGCUGUCCGCUUGCCGAGCUACCUGGCUGGUCUUCCGGACAGACUGCACAGAGACGAUGUCGAGUAUCUUCGGCGUAGUGGGGCGCUUGACCUCCCCAGCGACAUGCUCCGGAACGAACUGCUGAAGAGUUAUCUGCUCUGGGUUCAUCCGCACAUGCCUAUCUUGGGACUGCAUGAAUUUCUAUCAGCUGUCGCCGGUGAUAAUGAUUCUCAUCGGAUCGGUCUGUUGCUAUUUCACGCCGUGCUGUUUGCUGCAUCAGCUUUUGUCGAUGUGUGUUAUAUCCGUGUCGAGGGAUAUCCUUCGCGCAGUGUUUUCCGAGAGAGUCUAUCCUGCAAAGUGAAGGUGCUUCUCGAUCUCGAAUGCGAAGACGACCGACUCGCUACUGCUCAAGCGAUUCUGUUGAUGGUAUCUCAUCCUGAGCCGCACCGCGACCAGAAAGAACUGACCCAGCGGUUGGGUAUCUGCCUCUCUGUGAUCAGCUCGAGUCAAACUCAAAUGGUCAAGGCAAACGCAAGAAAACAACAAAUAUGGAGACGGACGUGGUGGUCCAUACGCAAUCAUGUGCGAAUAACAUCGAGUAAUCUUCUUACCUUGAUGAAUGUUCCAGAAAACGGCGAUCUAUGCGACACCCCUCUGCCCAGUACGCACGAUUUCAGAUUUGGUGCUUUAUCUCCCAACGUCCAAACAUUGGUAGGGAGCUGCGACUUCCUCCGCGACAUGCAGUAUCAACAGUUCCUAGCGAGGUUGUUCAUUGAGAAAUCCAAGCUCUGUCAAAUAGGACAAUUUCCUGGACCAUCAGGAGACUUGUCUGACUCAACCAGUCGCGAGGGAGGACUUGCAAAUGCGGAGAACAAGGCUUCCCCUACUGAAAUCGCAGAGCUUGCCCAGAGAUUGGGCAGAUGGCACGCAGAAUUGCCACCCGCGCUUCGUCAUCAAUCACCAACCUCAUCAGCUCUCAGGGAACUGGAAAAAUUCAUACUUGUCCAUCGUGCCUGGAUGCUCUUGCUUUAUCUCGCCUCAGCGUAUGUCGUCUGCACUCGCAGUGUGGGGAGGAACAGCCACGCAGAGGAACACAUCCUAAACAAAAUCAGCCUCGUCUUCGAUGAACUGCAUCGCUUUGGCUUCAUCGACCUGCUUCCUAAUUCCAGCAUCGCUAUUCUCAUGCCCGCAGUGGAGUUUCAUAUCAAGACUGUCGAAUCGGCUUGCCCUCAAACGAACGAAGCGAGUCAAAGAAUGCUCCAGCAAUACUCAGAAAUCCUGCAUCAGUUGCAAGAUAGCUCUGCUCUUGCCGGUCGCAUGAUUGAGGAAUUGAACAAUAUCACCGCUCCUGGAACUCAGAACGACCUGUCCAGAGUAAUCACUUCAGAAUCCGCCAUAGCGGAACAACCAGUUUCGAAUGCUGAUUUUGCACUAAACGAAACUGACGACUUUUACAAUUUUUUGGAAUCCGGCAUGUCCUUUGCAAACGUUAUCCCGCCAGGAGAUAACAGCCCAAACAUCGGGCUCGAUCCUCCUCUCCGUAAUGAGAGUUAUUUUUCACAAUUUCCGUGA